AUGGCUGCCAUGAACGGUUCCGCGGGCAUGUUCGCCAUCACGAGAGGCAAACUUCUCGUGCUUGCCUCACUGGCCAUCACGUGGUGGUUUGCGCAUAUCCUCCCGGGUUAUCAGCCCAUGAUCAAGGCCCAACUCACCUCGCGACUGGACGAAGCAAGACAGAAGAUUCCCAAGAUUAAGGUUGAUUGGAAUCCUUCUGACGACCCGAGGGCCAAGUACAACGCCUCCAAGCUGGCCCUCAUCAUCGAACCGCGACCUCUUCCGCAUCUUGUUCCCCAGCUGUUGCACAUGACGUCUGUCGUGCCUCCCGAUUGGAGAUUCUUGUUCAUCGGCUCCAACAAGAGCGUCGUCAGUGUCUCUCGAAGUUACGGCGUCAAGCAUCACCAGAUCACCGGGAAGUUGGACUUGAUGAUCCUGCCCGAGCCCUGGGAGAUCGAGUCCAAGGAGCAUGUCUACCGCCUCCUGACCGACGUGCGCUUCUACGACGAAUUCCUCCCCGGCGUAGAGUGGAUCCUCAAGUUUGAAUCGGAUAGCAUAUUGUGCUCCAAUUCACCGACGAGUUUGAAUGAGUGGCUGGAUUGGAGUUGGGCGGGCGCACCGAAAACGCCCGACGAUCGUUUCUCGGGCAAUGGCGGUCUCUCUCUUCGACGGGUAUCCUCCAUCAAGAGGGUUUUACAAUUCCAGGAGAGAUAUAAUAACACGGAAGCUGAAGACGAGUGGUACGGGAAGCGGUUGUGGGUGAUGCAAGGAGAGAAGGUUGCGCACGGCAAGAAAGGUGUUCUUGCGGUCGAAGAUGUCUACAUGGAAAAGCCGAUGGGCUAUCAUGUCCGGGAUAGCGGGAAAACGUUACCCGAUAAGGUUUGGAAGAACCCGAAGCAGCGCAAGAAGAUCUUCGACUACUGUCCAGAGGUCAGCCUGAUCAUGGACAUGAAGCUGGAACGUGAACGCUGUGACGGCGACAACAGAGAAGGAGGUAUUGGCCCCACCGACGAAGAGAAAGAGCUGGCAGAACAGGAAGCUAAGAAAAAGGCCGAAGAACAGGCAAAGGCAGCGGAAGAGGCGGCGGCAAAGGCCAAGGAAGAGGAGGAGGAACGCCGUAAAAAGCAAGGUGAGGAGGAGCUCGCAAAACAAGCCGAAGAAGCGCGGAAGAAACUCGAAGAAGAGGAAGCCCGACAGAAGAAAGCCGAGGAAGACGCCAAGACUCAAAACGCUGACACCCCUCCAAUCAAGUUAGACGGCCUUGACGACCACGACCUCGACGAGAUGCUGAAGCUCGACUACGGCCUGGGCGGCGGCAGCCCCGCCCCGGCAUCGACUCCGGACCACAGUGAUGACGACGACGCCAAAGCUAAAGCCAUGGCCGAAGAGGCGAAGGCGAAGGCCGCGGCGAAAGAAACAGCUACGAACCCCAUCUGA